AGAAAGUUGGAAGGAAGUGUGCUGAACGCCAUGUGAGAAAAUUGUGCAAUUCAAACAAGUGAUGACUUAUGCAUGCACGUAGCACGAUAAAUACAAAAAUGUAGAACUACAAACACUCGGCUGUGAAAAUUGACUCAGUUAUAAUUGAGGUCAGUUAAUUUCUUGCACAGUAUAAUUUCUUGUGCUAAUUAUAAAGGCGUUGGAAUGAGUUCGUUUGAUACAAAGAUAGCAAUAUGCAUUUAACAAUUCAAAGCAAUCAAACUUAUUUAGUAAUAGUCUAAUCAGCUGUAAACGAUUGGCAUGAUAAUUAAUCCUACUGUAGAAAUACAUAAGUGCGAAGUGCAUUCUAUAACACCGCAUUUCAACGCAAUUUACUCGAUGUGAUACGACGCAUUAGUAGCUAAACAUAACGCUUAUAAUCGUUUGUCGUAAAGUGCGAGGAAAGUGCGCGCCUCAGCAAAUACAAUUAUUAUUUUUUGAGCAAUAAACCCACGGCUAUCAGAAAUAUGAGAAUUUUUUCGACUACAAAGGGAUCCAGCACGAUGGAAAUGUAGCUUCGUCAAGAAUUUUUAAAGUAAUGAUUAGCGUCAUCAUAUCUACCUAUAUCCAUUUAACACGCGCACUAAUCAACCAGAAUUUAAUCACUUGUAUCAACAUUAAACAAAACAAGACAAGACAAAAACAAAACUAUUUUGUUAUCAACGAUUAUUUUAGAAAAAGUUUUCAUUCACGACGGGAGCGAUUACUUGAACGAUAUACAAGACUGUUCAUAAUUAGUAGUUAGUCACGAUUAGCGCGCAGAAAGUGCAAGUCGAGAGCGCAACGAAAUCGAGUAACCAUGUGGCCAAAAAUCGAUAAGGAGCUACUGCCUAUGAAGGCGCAUUAUUUCUUUUUUAAUGCAGGAACGGCGCCGGUAAUGCCUUUCAUGCCCACAUUGGCGCGUCAAUUAGGCUUCUCUACAGUGGUGGUAGGCACAAUGUAUGCAAUUUUGCCGAUCGUUGGCAUGUUAGCGAAACCGCUAUUUGGAUUUAUAGCAGAUCGUUAUCAACGUCAUCGAACACUUUUCCUUAUCGGCGAAGUACUCACCGCCGUUGCCUUCUUCCUCAUACAAUUUACGCCAUCCAUUCCACAAUCCUUGCCUACUGUAGAAUUUCACUGUCACGGUGGUGCAUCCGAUCUCAAAUAUUAUUCCGAAUUUGAUAAGUGCAUAGAACAGAAUCUCGAAAGUUACUAUGGCGAUCGCGUACUAACUUGCCAGCUAUACUGUCAAGCUAAUCCUGAGCAAUGGGACUUCGUUUGUGACAACUGGCUACAUAACAACGGCGCCGGCAGUAUUACAAGUAAUGUCACUUGUCCUGAUCGCAAUAAUCCACAAUUAAACUUUACAACAUUUGUCAAUAUGAGCGAAAUUGUGAUGGCAAGUGACCAUCUGUUCUUUGUCAUACCACACGAUCAAGGUCAAAUUAAUGGGGAAACUAUAACGUUAAACUGUCCACGUGAACAGUCACAAUUCAAUACAAGCUGUCAGAUUGAAUGCAAUGAUAAUUAUUUUCAUAGCCAACUGGUGCAGAGUGCAGCGAUAAAGAACAGUGAUGUGACGGGCAUGUAUCAAUUUUGGUAUUUUUUUAUCAUGCUCAUUGUGAGCUGGAUUGGCAUGGCGGUGGUGGUGAGCAUCGGUGAUGCCAUAUGCUUUUCGAUAUUGGGUGAACGACAUCAUUUGUAUGGAAAUCAGCGAUUGUGCGGCUCCAUAGGUUUCGGUGUAUUUUCCAUUAUCGCUGGUGUGCUAGUAGAUAAAAUGUCUGGCGGCAGUGCUACUAAAAACUAUACAAUCGUAUUUUGGAUGACUUUGGUGAUAAUUGGAUUUGACCUGAUAUCAUCCACGAAAUUAAAGCACACACAAACCCACCUCUCACCCAACAUUCUCAAAGAUGUCGGUAAAAUGUUCCUUUCAGUACGUUGUGUGAUAUUUUUCAUUUGGUGCGUUUCGAUUGGUCUAUGCACGGCACUCGUUUGGAACUUUCUCUUUAUGCAUUUGGAUGAAUUAGGCGAAAAACUUGAAGGCUGUCAAAAUUCAAUGAAAACACUUGAGGGUAUUGCCAUGGGCAUACAAUGUUUCGGUGGUGAGCUACCCUUUUUCUUCCUUUCUGGUUGGAUAUUAAGGAAAAUCGGUCACGUUAAUGCAAUGAGUUUGGUGCUAUUCGCAUUUGGCGUGCGUUUCAUACUCUAUUCUAUGCUGGUAAAUCCAUGGUAUGUGCUGCCUAUUGAAAUGUUGAAUGGUGUUACAUUUGGUAUCUUCUACUCAACGAUGGCGUCGUAUGCGAGUAUUGUAGCGCCACCGGGCACAGAGGCCACUAUGCAGGGCCUAGUCGGUGCAGUCUUUGAAGGUGUGGGCGUAUCAAUGGGCAGUCUCAUUGCUGGCAAUCUCUUUGCCGCUGUAAGCGGUAGCGGAACCUUCUUGAUUUUCGGAAUUUUCGCCUUCAUUGUAUUUGUUGUGCAUGUAUGUGUGCAGAUAUAUUUGCAACGCAAUGCUGUUGAUACAAAUGGUAAGCAAACGGAAGUUAAUAAUGUUGCGCACGAAGUGAACUAUUUACCAGCAGAAAAUGGUUACAUAUGGACAGUAAAUGCAAAAACGCCUAAAGGUGUUAACGCUGAAUUUACUGACGUGGAUUUAAGUUGAUUUUAAAAGGUUGAUAAAAAAAAAUAUAAUAAGUAAUUUAGUACUUAAAAAGUGCCACCGAAAACGGUGAAUAGCAGAGCAACGCCCUAGGCAUAGCAAGUAUUAGCGCAAUAUUUUUAUGUACAGAUAGUUUUUUAUUGAACUUAUAUUUUUCCCACGAUUUUUGAUGCUAUAAAAUCACUUUAUUAAAAGUGAAAAAAAGCUAUCUCAGUGAUAGUUUAUACUAAAAUAAGUUAUUUCUAAAACCAAGUUCAAAUCGAGAACAGGGCUCUUCUUUACUCCUGCUAGCCAGUUUAUUUUUAAGACGUUUGAUACUUUUAUAUAACAGUCAGGUGCUUAUUGUGUGAAUCUUUGAAUAAAUACUAAAUUCCUCGAAAGAAAAACUUUUAUUUGCAUUUCUUAAAUGAAAACAAAAUUGAAAUGUGUACAUAAAUAAGGAGUACACCGAAAAGCAGAAAGCUCGGAGCUCAAAAUUUUCAACAAAUUUUAAAAGUUCAGUAAAAGUUUCGCUGUUUUCGAGCACUUAAGUGCUUUCGUCAGGUAAUUUCAAAUUAUUUCCUAGUAGAUGAAUAUUUGCAUGUACAGAUUGCUUGCUUAAUACUUAUUCAGGUACCCUGCAAACACAGUCAUCAACGUUAGAGAAACAUUUGAUUUACAUUAGAAUUAUAAUGCAGUUCUCUAAUGUUUCGCUAAGGUAAGAGAACUAUGUUAGAAUUCGAUUAGAAAAUGAUCAGAAAAAAUACUAUACAUUAUAAACCAAUUAGAAUUCAACGUUAGUAUGAGAUUAGAUACUAACCUUUUUCUCGAUAUCGAGAACUUAGUUCCCAUUUUGUAGAGUAUGCUAUAAUUCUCGACAGUUUAUCUAAUCGUCUUAUAACCUUCUUCCUUGGUAAAACACAUUAGAAUUCGAAUCGGUUUCUAAUCGUUCUCUAACUUAAAUGUUUGUUGGGUAGUUAGUAUUUUGUAAUGAAAAGUAUGUAGUUCAUAUGUUUGAUAGUCUAUAUGUAUUGCAUGUUAUUUUUUUCGUUUUGUGAUUUACGUGAAAGUUACAAUUAUAAUUUUCAGUUUGUUGUUUUAGACUUUGUGUGAAAAACAAUAAUUUACAAAGAAUUUAGUAUGUAUCGUUAACUUGUAUAUUUUUUGCAUUACAUACAUAUAUGUAAACCAAAUAAUGUUCCUCCGACAGUCGGGCCUACGAAGCCAGAACGACCCUGAUUUAUAUCGGGCCAAGAACGUCGCUCCAUCUGAUUCUCCAAAAACCCUUUUGAGAAUUUUUAUGAUGGUACAACAACAAAAACCAUCAAAUGCUUAUGGUCGAAGAACAAAAGUCAAAUCAAUGAUCAAAUAGUACAGAAAAACUAAAGCUUUUGCGAAAAACUCAAAGGAAACGCCUUCCAAAUAAAGAGAAAUUCGUCUCCACUAUAUAACAAGCAUUAGUUUAGACGUGCUGCUCUUAUUUAAAGUCAAUAAUAAUGAAAUCGAGCACAAAUUAAAUUUUCUUUGUUUACAUAUGAUGUAUAAUCAAGAUACAACCAUUACAAACUAGCUAGUACUUAAAAAUAUAUAACUGUUAUGCCUCAAAACAGAGUCGAAAUUUUGAUUACCUAAAUAUGUAUAAUCAGCAAAUUAUGAGUAUUUCCUUUGAUUUUAUAGUAAAGAUCGAAAAAAUAAUCCAAAAAAAUUAUAUGAGCUUCAGGCUUAUCACACUCCGAAUUCUAUAUUCAGUUGAAUACUUCCAUUGUUACCAAUUGAGAAAUUACUGAUCAUUAGAUUAAAUCAUUUGUUUGAGUUUCAUAAGCAAGAAAACUUAUCAAAUGAACUACUUUUGGAGCACAUAUGUAGUUAUAACUACCUACAUACAUAUGUACAAUCUAAAUAUUUUAUUUUCAAAAUUACUUCCAAUUCCUUACCACGCUGAUAAGUUUAUCAUUUACUGCGCUCAUAAAAAUAUAUGUAUAGCAAUUAUUCCAGAGUCUAUUAAUUCUUAUCUCCAAGUACAAUGUUGUAGUGAGCAAGUCUAGCAAACGUAUUGCCUGCAAAUGAAACUUCGGUCUGGACAACAAAUUCAAUUACCUACAUACAUAGAUGUAUUAGUACUAUAUCAGAUUUGCGUAUUGUUACAUCUAUUAGCGUACAUAUGCAUAUGUAUUUUGUAUUUAGAUUUAUUUUUUUAUAUGGUUCAAUGUUUGAAUUGCAUUUAUUAAACUUACCUUUCUACAUUUUAUUUUUCUUUUCUCUCAUUCCUCGAACAUUGACACAUUUCCAGGAACGGUGAAAUAUUUGACGCCCAACGAUGCGAUGCAUAUGCUCAACGAACCAGAAUACAGUAUUGUCGCUUAAAAAAAGCGAUUAACAAAAAAAGAUUUCCUGCUUAUAAGUAAUCAACUGGUCUAUGGCGUGUGCCAGUUUCUCCCGGUCUAAUGUGUGCGUGCAGCAGGUCUGUAGCUGCAAUAUAUCGGCUUUGAGCACACGGCAGCUGCCUUUUCUUGCUUUGAUGUUCUAUUCUCACUAUGAGCUGUGAAUCUUUUGCGUACUUAUUAGAAGGAAAACAAAAACAACAACAAAAAACUACGUACAUAAUCUAUGGAAUUGUGGAUGUACUUAGUUAAUAGUAAAUGUGUAUGGUAUUUUUGAAUUUUUUGACAUUGUAGCAUUUGAGUGUAUUCGCUAUGAACUGUACAUUUUACAUAUCUACACAAAUAAGCAUUUAUAGUUGAUGUCAAAUUUAGCGCAAUAGUUUUGAUAGCUAUAGAUUAUUACAAAUUACGAAUUAGUAACUUGCAUGCGGUUUACGUAACGAAAGCAGUUUCGUCUAUCCACUAGCUACAUUUUAAUAUUUCAUUUCUAUUUUAAUUUAUGUGCAAAGUAGUACGCCUGUGUGCAUUAAUAGCUAAUUAUAAGUUGAAAGUAAGUCUCUAAAUACUUUGUAUUUUGGAAUUAAAUUUUAUUUUAACUACAUAUAAAAUCGCUAUAAAAUAAUUUUAUCAUGUCUGUGUAGUGUAGUAAGAUUUAACAUUUUUAAAAUGUAGUUAAGAAUUUUAAAUUAUACUUUUUAGUUUGCUAAGGCUUUUUACUUUAUACCUCUUUUUUGCUCAAAACCAAAGCAUUAUAACGUUGUGCUCAAAUGUUGUCCUUAGCACAAAAAAGCGUAUUUCUUUGAAUAAUUGAGUCGUAAAGUAGAUGCAUACAUACAGAACAAUUCAUCUUAAAUUAGGCAAAUUGUAUUGCAAGCAUGUAUUCGUUUUACAUUAAGCAUGAUAAUGCUUAAGGGCAUUUCUUAUUAAACCUUUGUAUUAGUGUAUUUUAAUUAUACAUGGUACUACAUUUAUAUAAAAUAUAAUCAAAAUCUAUUCUUUAUUAACUAAAA